AUUCUCACACACACACAAAGAAACACACAGAGAUGAGUGACAGUAAAAAGCUUGAUAAAAAUGGCGACCCAGAAAUCAAACCUAAAAAAUGGAACAAAUAUGCUCUCUCCUGCGCCAUCUUAGCUUCCAUGACUUCAAUUCUUCUCGGUUAUGAUACAGCAGUGAUGAGCGGCGCCGGAAUAUACAUAAAACAAGAUUUAAAGAUUACCGAUGUUCAAUUAGAAGUUCUAAUGGGAAUUAUAAACCUUUACUCUCUAUUCGGAUCCGCCGUAGCGGGUCGGAUUUCAGAUUGGAUUGGAAGAAGAUACACCGUCGUAAUCUCGGCUGUGAUUUUCUUCUUCGGUGCGUUAAUUAUGGGUAUUGCUACUAAUUAUCCGUUUAUAAUGGUGGGUCGGUUCGUCGCCGGCGUCGGAGUUGGGUUUUCACUCACGAUUGCUCCUGUUUAUACGGCGGAGUUAUCGCCGGCGUCCUUUCGUGGUUUUCUUACCUCCUUUCCUGAGGUUUUCAUUAACUCAGGUGUAUUGCUAGGUUACAUAUCAAAUUUUGCCUUCUCAAAACUACCUCUUAAGCUCGGGUGGCGGGUCAUGCUAUUAGUAGGAACAAUACCCCCAAUUUUCAUGGCCAUAGGUGUCCUCGCCAUGCCAGAGUCGCCUCGUUGGCUUGUCAUGCAAGGUCGACUCGGCGAGGCCAAAAGAAUCCUUCGACGUACCUCCGAUUCCCCGGAGGAAGCCUCUGAACGCCUCGCCGAUAUCAAAAUGGCGGCAGGAAUUCCAAUCGAAUUUGAUGACGAUAUAGUUCAAGUCCCCGAAAAUAACAAUCACGGGAAAAAUGUAUGGAGAGAACUUAUUCUCUACCCAACGCCCGCAGUCCGUCACAUUUUGCUUGCGGGCGUCGGAAUACAUUUCUUCCAACAAGCGUCAGGAAUAGAUGCCGCGGUUAUGUACAGUCCAAGAAUAUUCGAAAAAGCCGGGGUUAAAAGCGACGGUCAUAAGCUACUCGCGACGAUAGCCGUUGGAUUCUCAAAGACAAUUUUCAUCUUGGUGGCAAUGUUUUUACUCGACAAGGUCGGGCGUAGGGUCUUACUUUUGAGUAGUGUCGGAGGAAUGAUUGUCUCGGUCGCGAGUUUAUCGAUAUGGCUUACAAUCAUCGAUCAUAAUCCGGAUGAGAAACUAACAUGGGCUAUUACUUUAUCGAUUCUUUCGACUUUAUCGUUUGUGGGCUGGUUUUCUAUUGGGCUUGGCCCAAUAGCGUGGGUAUAUAGUUCGGAGAUUUUUCCCUUACGACUUCGGGCUCAAGGAACAAGUAUGGGGGUUGCUAUGAACCGGUCGAUUAGCGGGGUUGUGACAAUGACGUUUUUGUCCUUAACUAACGCGAUAUCGAUUGGUGGUGUUUUCUUUAUGUAUACGGGAAUAUCGGUUGUGGCGUGGGUGUUUUUUUACACGAUGUUGCCGGAAACGCGGGGAAGAACUUUGGAGGAAAUGCAAGAUUUGUUUGGAACAUUUUGGAGAUGGAGAUUAAGGUCUAAGGAAUUGGAGAAAGAUAGGUUGAUUGAACUUGAGAAAUCUCAUCAUGAAGUUAAAUAAUGUUCUAGUUUAAUUUGGAAAUAUUAUUGUAUAAUUAAUAACACUUUUGUAAUGCA